UUUCAUCAAAUCAUGAGCUACGUGGCGCAGUCUUUAGCUGCUGCAUAUAAAUUCAGCCAGCUAGUGGUGAAUCAGAUACACAGAUCAAUACACAAAGCAUCUCCAGAAGUCCAGAACUCUCAUUUUCCUUCAAACUUCUCUUUUUUAAAAAUGAUUUCUUUCUUUGCAUGCUUAUGAUCCCUGAGUCUCCUCCACAGUUUAAAAGCAGUGCAGAAAAGUGAAAUCAGGAGUGCCUUUGUGAUUGAGGAUUUGAAAACUGUUAAAGUGCAUCCCACAUCGGAAAUCCAAAAAUAAAAUAAUCGGUAUAUAAGCUCUUGAGUUGAACUAACUAAUCGAUUGGAUUCAAUCUUUUAAUGUGGUUCAACCCAAGUGUCUUAUUACCCAAUCCAGUUAUCAAUACCCUCCAAAAUUCUAUCAUGGUAUCAGAGCCAGUUUUAGCCCACCUCGUUUGUCAAGGUGUCCGUCUAGAUGUUCAUUCCUAGCGGCCCGUUUGUCUUUAGCCCAGUUGUCCGUAUGGAGUAUGUAACCAACGGCCUGUGGCCCGUUUAACACGAUUGCUCGUUUGGAAGUCCAUACCCAGCGGCUCGUGGUCCUUUAGGUGUUGGCGCUCAAAAAAAGUCAAGGGAAUGGGAGUUCAUUGCAAGUGGUCAACCGGUUAGAUUCAAAAUGGCCCGGUUGUCCACUUGAGGGGGAGUGUUAAAGUGCAUCCCACAUCGAAAAUCCAAAAAUAAAAUAAUCGGUAUAUAAGCUCUUGAGUUGAACUAACUAAUCGAUUGGAUUCAAUCUUUUAAUGUGGUUCAACCCAAGUGUCUUAUUACCCAAUCCAGUUAUCAAUACCCUCCAAAAUUCUAUCAAAAACGUUCAUUUGUUCAUAUGGCAUCUAGGUUACAUACUCCUAAGAGCAUAAUAUGGUUUUUAUGAUACUUAAAACCAUGCUCAGACAUUGUAGUCGUGAUUUCUAAACCUCCUUUAGUGGUGCACUGAUUCAAUUCUCUUCCACAUUUAUCUCUUUCUUGUCCCCAUGGUGUAGUGUUUCUUCUUUUACUCUCUUUUUCUCAUCAUUAAUAGAAGUUGGUCCAUAACUGUAAUUGGAUGGAACUUGGCACUUGGGUGUAUAUUAAGGAGUAUCAACAUAGCCGCUGUAUAUUCUUUUUUCCAUUAAUAGAGAUUUACAUCCAAGUUUGUGAGACCUGGUUCUAGGAUUUUUAAAUAUAUCUAAAACAAACCCUGCUCGUUCAUUAACAAUUGAACAUGGACAUGAGAGGGAACUCCUGUUGUUGAUUAGUUACUGACACUUAGUUCUCAUCAAACUACUUUAGUACAUUUCUAAAUGAAGUGUGAAAAGCAUCCACUGAUUACUAAACUUAUUUCUAAAUAAGUUGCAUGACGGUCUUGAGCUGCCUUCCUGCCAAUAAAUUGAGGUAGUAGUGAAGUGGUCUACAUAUAUCAAUCCAUAAAUUAAUUGCUUCCUUCACAUAUUCUCUUUUUCUUCUUCUAAAUAAAUCUACAACUUACAAAAUUUUAUCCUUCGCACCCCGAUUUUGUCAAAUCAUGAGCUUUGUGGCAGUCUUUAGCUGCCUAUAAAUUCAGCCAGCUAGUGGUGAACUGGAUACACAGAUCAACACAUAAAGCAUCUUCAGAGGUUUCUCAUUUUCCUUCAAAUUUCUUCUUUGUAGAGAUGAUUUUUUUGUAUGAUUAUGAUCUCUGAACCUCCUCAUUUAAAAAAGCAGUGCCGAAAUGUGAUUUUAUGAGUGCCUUUGUGAUUGAGGAUUUGAAAACAUUCAUUUCUUCAUAUGGCAUCUAGGUUACAUACUCCUAAGAGCAUAAGAUGGUUUUUGUAUGUAAGUACUUACAGCCAGGCUCAGCGAUUUCCUAUUUGGGCAGCAGGAUCCACCGUCAUUAUCGUCGUGAUUUCUGAACCUUCAUUAGUGGUGCACUGAUUCCAUUCUCUUCCACGUCAUCUCUUUCCUAUCCCCAUGGUUCCGUCAAAUCUUGAGCUAUGUGGCAGUCUUUAGCGGCCUAAAAAUUCAGCUAGCUAGUGGGUGAACCAGAUACACAGAUCAAUACACAAAGCAUCUCCAGAGUUAAAAAGCAGUGCAGAAAUGUGACUUCAUGAGUGCCUUUGUGAUUGAGGGUUUGAAUGCAUUCGUUUCUUCACAUGGCGUCUAGGUUACAUACUCCUUAGAGAAUAAGAUCGGUUUUUAUGAUACUGAAAACCAGUUUCAGCAAUAUCCUAUUUGAGUUGCUGAAUCCACUUCCAUUAUCUUGGGAACCUCCAUUUGUGGUGCACUGAUUCUAUUCUCUUCCACGCCCAUCUCUUCCCUAUCCGAAUGGUGAACUGCUUCCACUUUUACUCUCUAUUUCUUUUCAUUAAUAGAAGUUUGUGGAGAACUGUAGUUUCAUUAAUAGAAGUUGGUAGAGAACUGCAUAGUUCUUGACUUUGGAGUUGGAAUUUUACAGGGUUUUACUGAUGCUGUUGUUGAUUUUGCUUUUGUAUUUUUCUGAUAGGUAGAAUGUACUUGAGUUGCUGUUAACUUGUAGGUAUUAUGUAUAUACACCCAAUUUAUUGAAAUGGUAGACAAGUUUGACUUUAUGUAGUAACACUUUGAUAACUUUUAUGCUCCUUUAGGGUGUGUAUAGUUGUUGGUGGGGGAGACAGGAAAAGUUUUUCCACACCUCAUUUGGUUCAACACAUUUUUUGGGUGGGGGGUGGGGGGGGGACACCAAAGUUUCCACUUCUCCCAUCGUCUCAAAAACACGCUUGGAGAACUCCAUUUUGGUUCUACUUUUUUCUGUAAUUACAACAACCCAACUGGAAAUCACUAGAGUAGAGAAGAGACAUUGCCCCUACUCGAAAGUAGAAAGGCUAUUUUCAAGAGACCCUUGGCUUAAGCUGCAUAGAUAUAAAAUAGAAAAAACACAAAGCACACAAAGGCAAGCAAGACACUAGACUUAGCGAAGGGAAAGUAAUGCAAACAAAGAGCACCAAGCAAACACGGCAUACAAAGCACACAACAAGUACAAUAAACAACCCUCUAGCCAAAGGUGUGUAUCCAACUACUCUAAUCUUAGCUCGCAGAACGCUCUUAUCUAAAGCCAUAUCCUUAGAAAGGGCAAUAAGUUCUAAGUCCUUUCUAAUCACUUUCUUCCAACUCUUAGGUCUGCCCCUUCACCUACUUCCACCCACCAAAGUAAGCAUCUCUCAUCUUUGCUCUGGGGCGUCAACAUUCUCUUGUAGCUUAUCUUCCAUGGGUGCUAUGGCUACUUGACCUCGGAUAACCUCAUUUGGAAUCUUAUCCAGCCUUGUCUGCCCACACAUCCACUGUAACAUCUGCAUCUCUGCAACAUGCAGACGAACGUGGGUUUUUAACCACCCAGCACUCCGCCCCAAAUAUCGUAGCUGGCUUACCUUUCAUCCUAGGUGAAAUCUUCUUAUCGCACAGGAACCCUGAACCUAACCUCCACUUAGCCCAAGCCGCUCCAACAUGAUACACCACAUCUCCAUCCAACUCCCCAUCCUGACUUUCACCACUUCCUCCAUUUCACGACCGCUGAACCGACACUCCAUGUAUUCAGACUUAGUUAUACUCAGAGUCCUCUACGGAAAGGAACCAAAGUUCCAACUUUUCGUCUAUUCUCUCGUGGGACAAUCCAACACCAGAGCAAACAAGAAAGGUCUAAGGGUAGACCCUUGGUGUAACCCCACCUCUAUGGAGAAAGGUUUUGAGUCGCCCCUAAUGGUCUUUACCCUAGUCCUUGACCCACUAUACAUAUACCUUUCAGAACUCAUCGUACGCCUUCUUAAGUUCAAUAAAGACCAUGUGAAGACCCUUCUUCCUAGCCUUGUACUCCUCCAUCAAUCCCCGUAAGAGGUGGAUGGCCUCUUUUUUUGAUGCGUGAAACCAAAUCGGUUCUCGAAAAUGCAUACCCCCUUCCGCAGCAUAUACCUAAUGACUCGCUCCCAAACCUUCAUAGUGUGGCUAAGAAGUUCGAUGCCUCUGUAAUUCUCGCAAUUUUGAAUGUCACCCUUACCUUUAAAUAGAGGGACCAACACGCUUUCUCUCCACUCGUGAGGCAUCUUAGCCAUUCUGAAAAUAACUGAAGAGCUUGGUUAACCAUACCAACCCAUCGCGACAUGCAUGCUUCCAAAACUCCACCAAAAUUUCAUCCGGCCCCAAAGCUUUCUCACUAUGCAUUCUGUGGAUGAUCCGAACCACUAAAAAAGAUUUUACCCCAAUGUUUUCUUGAAAAUGUAUUUUAAUAGUGAAGUAGCAGUUAGUAAAUGCAACUUUUGACGCUCUUCAGGGUCAUCUAGAAACAAUUGCUCUAUGUUUUAAACAUAGGGGUCAGGCUACGUACGUGAUUACAUGUGGGGCCUGAGUUGAGGGUCUAUUCGGAAACAACCUCUCUAUUUUUGAGUAGGGAUAAGGUCCGCGUAUACACACCCUUCCAUAUCCUACUUUUGUGGGAUUUAAUUGGGUUGUUGUUGUGCAAAUAUUCCAAAAAAUGUUAUACGCUUUCAUUGCCAAUGGAGUUAAAAGAGUCAUUUUUGAUAAUGUUUUAGCUUCGUGUAAAUAAUGGACUUAACUUUGUUUGUUGGUUUCUAACGCUAUAAUAACCUGCAUACAUUUAUCUGCAUAUCACCAAGUUAAAAUGAGGUGACUACCGCAUAGAGUUCCGUGACGGUGCCGAACUGCCUUCCUGCCUAUAAAUAAAGACAUUAGUGAAGUGGUCUACAGAUAUCAAUCCAUAGAUCAUAUGCUCUUCUCCAGCGGUUUCGUUAAAUCUUGACCUCUGUGGCAGUCUUUAGCUCCCUAUUAAUUUGGCUAGCUAGGUGAAGCAGAUAUACAGAUCAUUACACCCAGCAGCAUCUCCAGAGCCAUGGAAAUGGAAGCUGUCUAUCCUGAAGUUCCGGUUGAGAUGAGCAAGCUUUUCCAUGCAAUUGACCGACAACUUUAUUCAAUCCUGGUUUUCAAUCUCCAGUGCGAUCCAAAGGUAUCCAUGCUGACAAUUGCCUUUUGGAUUUGGCUGGAACACAUCACAUUCAAGGAUGUUGUGGCAAAAGUAUUGUCAUUGUCCUUCGAAAUGAUCGAUGGACUCUUCGGGGAAGCUGUGAUCUGCCUUGGAUGCAUUGCGAACACCAUGUAUCAUUUCUCUCAUGCACCAACUGAGUUUUUUCUCACUCAAUAUCUUUUGAGACAGCACUUUUGUCUCAAGUACGUAUAUGAAAACCAGGCCUCGGCAUCUGCUAGGAUCAAAAAGAUUGUAUCAGGAGUUUGUGUAAAGGCAUUAGACGAUCUCAAGGCAAUGGCCAUCAGCAAUAACACCCAGCAACACUUGGCUCAAAGUGAAGUGGCACUGAUUGACUACUUCCUUGGUGAGUCCUCGUCGUCGUCUCAAUCUGGUGGGGUGGUGCCUCGUCAAAUGCCAACCAUCAAGGCACCAAAAGGAAGGAGGACAAUGUUUGCUACCUUCUCAAAGGGAUUCCCAGUUUAUGAAGCUGAGAUCCGUCGGUUCUUCGGCAAGAUGUUUGGUGACUGCAUUGAUUCCAUCACCAUGCAGGAAGUGAAUCCUGGUGAGCUGCCACUCUAUGCCCUCAUUGUCUUCACAACUCCAGGUAUACUUGACUUCAUCCUCAAUGGCACCGAGAAAGCAAAACUCUGCAUUGGUGGAAAACAGGUUUGGAUGCGCAAGUCCGUCCCAAAAUCUUAUUAAAUCCAUCUCUCUCCAGCAUCUACCGCGCGCGCGUUUUCUCAACUGUUUUGUCUUGUUUUACUUUUUACCGUGUGAUGCCCGUUCAUCGUGGCACUUUCUCGUUUCGGUUUCUAGCUUGUGGUUAAGCCCCGUGUAUGGUUGUCGUCUCCAGAUGUAGCAAUGCUAUGUAAACUGGUUUGAUCGAAUAAAAAUAUAUCCAAAGUCUAGAAUGGAUAUUUGCUAUUUUCAUCAUAUAUGUAUUUAUAGUAUAUUCUAAAUACAUUCUGUGAAUCGGU